GUGACUGCCGAUGUAGCGAUGGCUAUUGUGAUGGCUACAGCAAAGAAAGCAUUUGUUAUCAAAAAUAUGGCCGAGUCCACGAGGACUUUCCUGCUUAUCAUCGAUAAAGAUUUCGUGUUGGGCAAUUUUGCUUUGAACGAUCCCACUCCAAUGAUAGGCGCAAUGAUUGUUAUCAAUUAUAAGUAA